GGGAGGAGUGUCUGCUGGGAAGUAGCAAGCCACUGUGAAGGAGGUGUGACUGGCUUACUCAGCCAUCGGAGGACACGCAGCAGCGCUGCCAUGUGUGGACGGUAAAUGCUGAGCCGAGCUGACUGACUCCAGCAAGAUUUCACCUCAGAGACACAACCUGGAAGUCAGCUGAUUUCAAGUCCUGGGAAAUUUUUGAAAGCCUGUUUUUUCCUGAUUGAACAUUGGAAUAUUGUAAAGCUUGGACUCCUUUUUACAUGAUCUAAAGCCAGAACAUCUAACCUCAAAUCUGACUGAAAGCCUGAUUGAUUGAUUAGGGGUCUAAGGAGAAGCUUUAUUAUCUUACCGAUCUUAUAGAUUCGGUGUCUAAUUGAUAGACUUGAUGCUUGAAUGGCUGAGCCUGACUCCUGGGAAUCUUAAUUGACAUCUGAUUGGACGCCUGAUCAGCUGAUUGGAGGCUCAGUUUAAUUACUGUGAUUGAUUACCAGAGUCGGCAUGAGCGGAGCAGGGAAUGUGGUGUGUGAAGGAUGGCUGCGGAAAUCACCACCGGAGAAAAAGUUACGGCGCUAUGCGUGGAAAAGGCGAUGGUUUGUGCUGCGGAGCGGCCGGCUAAGCGGAGAACCAGAUGUCCUGCAGUACUACAAGAACCAGCAGUCCCGCCGACCAAUCAGGACCAUCAACUUGAAUCUUUGUGAACAGGUGGAUGCCGGUCUAUCGUUCACAAAGAAAGAGCUGGAGAGCAGCUUUGUUUUCGACCUGAGGACGGAGGAGAGGAUUUGGUACCUAGUGGCCGAGUCUGAAGAGGAUAUGAACCGCUGGGUGACAUCCAUCUGCCUGCUCUGCGGCUUCAACCCUACUGAUAAUGUUCCAGAAAGACCUUCAAGCUCAAGCUCCUCGUCAGUCACAUCUAUGACCACAACCAGUGGCACCCCCACCAUCACCAUGGUAACAGGAUCAGUACCAUCCCCAUAUGAUCCGGUGAGUGUUCGACACCUGGACCAAGAUAGCAGCGCAGAGGACGACUACCUGUGGCUAUCAAACUGCCAGAGUCACAUCAGGCCUCCUUUAGGUUCCUCCACUUCUCUUGAAACUAACUGCGACAACCCAUACGCUCCACCCUCUGCCACCUCCUCCUCCUCCUCCUCUUCCUCCUCCCCUUCCCUCCCUCCUCCAUCCUCCUCCUGCUUUAAAACAGCCCCAUGGACAGUAGCAGCGAUGACAAGCCCUCUCAGCCAGUCUCUGGAUGCCAGCAUGACCCCUGACUUCCAGAAACGAGCCGGCAGACCUCGCUGCCACCCUUCCCCUCAUCCCAGAAAGCACUCUUUAGAUUUCCACCUGCGUCCUGUGGCAAUACCUCUGAGUGAUGACACACACGCCAAUGUGCAUCUAAAUGCACAAUCGCUGUCCACCAGUGGUUACCAGAUUCCUCGUCCAGCAUCCACACCACAACCUCCUCCCCCUCGUCGCCCGUCUUCUACCCCCAGUGUGGACUCUCUAACCCAGGCAGAGCUCCACACCUCCAUCCCUACUCCACCUCCUCGGCCACCCAAACCGUUUGCCAUCACAACCCAUGGAGAGAACUCUGUAUAUGUGGGACCUGCCACGCUACCCCGAACCAACUCAGAACCAGAGCAGAGGGAUGGAUGUGUGGAUGGAGGACAUUUGCCAAGGAGUAACACUAUCAAUACCCCAGGACGUACACACACAAGCUCUGAGACUUUUUUCAUUCCUCGGUCUUUGUCUGACAGAGCGAGCAUGUUUGAGUUCAGCGAGAGCUUCAACAGUUACUUCUUCAAUAAAGGCAUGGUACCUCUGGGCAGUGUUUGUUCUGAGGAUGAUGAUGUGGAUGAAAACUAUGUUCCUAUGAGCGCUGCCACCACUGAGCCACCAGUUGCUCCAAGAGUGCCUCCUUAUGCUUCCUCUGAUCCUUCUGUCCAACUCCAAGACAAUAACUACGUCCCCAUGACCCCUCUGACUCCUUCCAUUCCCACUCACCCGAGCCCUGCCACGGUUGACUUGGCAUUGUUGGGGCGGCAAGUACCGCCACCUGCCCACAUGGGAUUCCGUAACUCCCCACUGACUCCAGGGAUCCCCCUCACCCCGCCAAUGCAGAAGAAUACCAAUGGAGGUGAAAUCAAAGCCAUGCCCCCUCCGAUCCACCGCAAUCUGAAACCACAACGGAAAGGGGUUUGUGCCAGUCAGCCUGUGGAAAAAAAUGACAGCCAUGCUGCUGGAGAUCCAGCGCUUAAAACCAAAGUGAAGCCGGCUCCUCUGGACAUCUCUCAGGUCCCACAGGACUGGCAGGAAGUCCCGCCCCCUGUACGCUCACCUGUCACUCGAACUUUCACACGAGGUCCAUCCAGUCGACGGUCAGUCCAGCCGAGCUCUACUCAAAGCUCCUCCCCCUCGUCUGAUUCUGAUGACCCGGAUGACAGCUAUGUUGCCAUGUCAACCUCCAAUCUCAGUUUUAGUGCUGGGGAGCCGAACGGUGAAUGUUUGUGUUUGCAGUCUCUGAGGCUUAUGCUGCACCGGGCUUCAGAAGGUGGGGUCAGCAGUCCGUUGCUACGGCGAGCCAAAAGUGAAAAACAGGUGGAAUAUCUGGACCUGGACCUCCACACAGGACGAUCAACACCUACAAGACAGAAACGCUGUACAGCUGAAGGUGGAGCCAGCUGCAAUGAGCAGGGUGGAGUGGGUGAGGAGCGUGCACGAGGCGAGCGCACACGUGUGGACUAUGUGGUGGUGGACCCUAAAAGGACCAAGGCCCUGAAAAACACCCGCGAAGCGUGGCACGAUGGAAGAAUGUCCACAGAGAAGGAGAAAAACUAGUCACAAGAGCACACAGAAACAGCAAAUCAUUAACCUCCAGAUCUCUCGCCUCAUUUUCUAGUGUUUAUUUCUGGCUAUUGAACAAGUUUCAUACUACUUAGCAAUUAAAUCACUAAGUGUUUGUAAGUUGUCACCAAAUUCUUAACAGUGAUAAAAAAUACUCCAGCAGGCACAUUAAUCAAAUGUAGAUACAUGUAUCUAUCAUACAUGUGAAUGAUGGACCACAUUAGCCUAAGGUAUUAGCUUAGCAUUAGCUUGUGUUUCAGCAUUCCUUACAAAAACAGCUUAAAUUUAUGAAAGACUCUGAUAUUCCAAAACAGCUCUCUGUAGUUACAGCAAACACCACGAGAGUUGGACUGUUUCCAGUACAGACCACAGGUGUCACUCUCACAUAGUAUAUCUAUUUGGCAUCCAAACUUAAUUUCUCGAGUAAUCAUUUUCAAAACCUUCCCAACAUGAUCUUCUUGUUCAUUUUAGCUUUACAACUCCAACUUCUGCAUUUAAAGCUGUUUUAGUCUUUAAGAGUGAAGCAUGAGCACUAGAAAAGUCCUUCUCAUGCCAUAAAUCAACCAAUUUUCAAGAGAAAUAAGUUACACUUAAUAAUAAAUAAGAAGGUACAUUACCUCUGUUAUGUUUCAGUUAGGUUAAGUGGGUAAAUUAUUUAUUUUUAAUGCUUUAAUAAGCACUUUGUGACAACUUAUAAACCCUUUAAUUUCUAAUGUUUGCUAUAAGGAUGAUCCAGUGUGAGGUUAGAAGGAGAAAUGUAUGACUUUAAGUAGCUGUUUGAGAUCCAGCCUGAUAAAAGAUGGACAAGUUUGUCACAUUACGGCUUUUAUGAAUUAAUGAGAUGUGUGUCAAAAGUUAUUAAUGCAGCAGAGGAACUUCUCCUUUACACACUCAAGUCUACAUUUUAAAAACAGCUAAAUCUGCAGGAAGACCAGUUUCCUUGGAUGGAAAGAAGUGCCACCAAAAAAGGAAGUAAUACAACGUGAGAUUUCACUAAAAAUCAACAUUAAGUUUAAACUGUUUCUGCCAGAGAACCAGAACUACUGAGGUUCAAGUCAGCUGACUUGAUUGUUCCCUUUCCAGUGUGUCUUUGGCCCAGAAAAAGAUAUAAAAUAAGGUCUCAGGGUUAUUUGCUCUCCUUGUUGAAUUUCUCCUUUUAGAAACUGUAAAAUGUUUUUGAAAAUGCAUAGAAAAGUUUUUUUCUCUUAUUAACUGGUUUUCUUAAUGAAAUAAAUAUAAAAUCUGCAGUAAGACCACAAAGACCAGAGAUGUAUGCAAAAUAUGGCAUUAUUUCAAGCACGGUUACUCUCUUAACAUCACAUUUUCCUCUUGGAGUAGAGAUAGAAAGUGAGCUGUGAAGAAAGAAAAUAGACAAAAUCAGAUAAAUUAUUUUCUAAUGUAAAAAGAAAUCCUGGAGUGAAUGAUUUUAAAUCAAAACACGAUGUAAGUAAUCUGUGACCGUUUAAAUAUACAGUCAAAGUUUGAAUAAAGAGUAAAAAGUCA